AUGGUGCUGGACACCAUGGCUCCGUUCUCAAAGAGCGGCCUCCAGGUACUUGCUGGCGAGUACCUGGCUGGUCCUCUUCUGAGGUGGGACGAGAUGUCCCUGUUCGACCAGCUGUUUGCUGCGGGCUCCGAGCCCGACAUGUCUGUCCUGACCUGGGAGCUGACCGAGCUCCUUUGCAACAUGGUCAUUGUCGUGGGGCCCGGCUCCCCCAAAGCCUACUUCCUACGUGUCGUCCUCGCUCCCGAGUUUGCGUGGUUCGGCUUGCAUUGGGCAGGGAUGCCACACCCUGCCCAAGUGCCCACCAACAUCUCCGACAUCCUCGACCUCCUCCACUCCCGCCCCCUGGCCGCGUCUGUGGCCCUCCACCAAAACCUCGGGGUCGGCGACGAGUGGAAGCCCCUCGUCCGCCGUCUGUGGGCUCACCUCGAGCCCUACAGCUCCUACAUCCCCGCCGGCCGGCUACAGCCCGCAGCCGACAACGACCACGACAUCCCCCUGCGAAUGGAGGAUGUCGAGUAUCCUCCUUCGCCCGUUGAGGAGGACUUCGAGGAUGUGCUGCCCAUGGAUGGCAUUGAAUUUGUGUCUGUCUCCGGUGUCUACAUGGACAACAUGAUCCGUGACAUCUCUCCGGACAUGGAUGUCUGUGCGGAGCUUGGGGCCAUGUCCGCCUCCGCCCCCCCUGCUCCCAUGACUGUGCCUCCCUCCCUCCCUAUGGUGCCUCCCUCCCUCCCCGUGGUGCUCCCCUCUCCCCCUGUGGCCGCCCCCGUCACCAACAAGUACCGACAACGGUACUAG